AUGGUUAUUUAUCUCAAACUCAAACUUACUCCGUCAACGACCCUGCGCGAUGUGAAACGCGGCAUUAGCCAAGCUGAGCCGCAAGCUCUACCGGACCGCCAGUCGCUGCGACUCGAGCCGAAGGGCAAGACACUCAAGGAUGACGACACCCUGGCCAGCCUUGGCCUCAAGACAGGCAGCAAGCUCUACGUCAAGGACCUCGGGCCGCAGAUCGGAUGGGUGACCGUCUUCCUAGCCGAGUACGCCGGCCCGCUCUUCAUCUACCUCUGGUUCUAUCAGCGACCUUGGCUCUUCUACGGCGACACCUCUCAGUCGCCGCCUGUUCAGCAUGUUGUUCACCUAGCUGCCGGCUGUUACACAUUCCAUUACGCUAAGAGGAUUCUGGAAACGUUGUUUGUGCACAGGUUUUCACAUGCGACUAUGCCUAUCAUGAAUCUCUUCAAGAACUGCUCGUACUACUGGAUGUUCACAGCUUAUGUGGCUUAUCAUGUGAACCAUCCUCUCUUCACAAGUCCAAGCAUUGUACAAGUUUACGCUGGACUCGCCGCUUUUGUAUUGAGUGAAGUGGGCAACCUGAGUAUCCACGUAGCUCUCCGCAACCUGCGGCCGCCCGGCACCAAGGUGCGGCGCAUUCCUGUCGCUACCGGCAACCCCUAUACGGCGCUCUUCAACUUCGUCUCCUGUCCCAACUACACCUACGAGUUCCUCUCAUGGGUCUCCUUCACUGUCAUGACGCAGUGUUUGCCAGCUGCUCUGUUUACAUUCGCUGGUAUGUACCAGAUGACGAUCUGGGCUCUAGGAAAGCAUCGCAACUACAAAAAGGAAUUCUCAAACUAUCCAAAGCAGAGGAAAGCUAUUCUGCCGUUCCUUAUUUAAAUUCAUCUCACCAAUCGAACUCUAGUGUGUGGACUUGAAUUCCGUCAACAGUGGAUUACUAUAUUAGUGUUUUUGUUGCCAUAAUUUGUGCGCGAUUAUUUGUGGAGAGAAUGAUUGUUAAAGUUUAGUCUGGGUUUGUAGGGCUAUUGGUUGAGGAAGGACAUUGUAUAUACUUUCUAAUAAUUCUUCUACAAACUUCUAGGUGUUUGUUUCUGAUGGAUCUGUGCAUGGUAGACAUAAGGACAUUUUUAUAAUUUUAUUUCGUUAUUGUGUUCCCCUUUGAACUAGUGUACAAUUUUUCGCAAAAUAUGCUACGUAUCAAAUGGAAUUUAUUCUUCAAACAUCAUUCUCAAGCGACCUCAGUUCGAGAACUGAAUGCUAUAGCAAGGCUACAUGCUCCUUACUCAAUGUUUGAACUUACAUUAAAAAGUUUUCAUUUUCAUAGAUAACAAUUUAAUUGUUGAGAUUAUACUAGACAUUUUUAAAUUCAAAUAUUCAUUCUUCUCAAUAAGGAGCUUCUCUAUUAUGUAAAUAUACUGAAAAAUUCAAAUAGGAUAUACAGUAAUAGGUUUGAAUUAUAUACGGCUCACUUCUAUGAAACUUAUACCCAUUUUCAACUACUUUAUCACAAUGUAUUAAAAGAGUUAAUCCAUUGAAGUUACUAUGAGACAUUUAUAAUGAACCAUUCCUUUAAUUCAUCUCCAAUAUUACGGUUGGAGACCUUGAUUAGACCUUAGAUUCCAAAUUAAGGUGCUACAAAGUACGAGUAACCUUAGCAAUAUUUCGAUGUCUUUUUUUAAAUUAUCGUAAGUAUUUAUGGUGUAUUUUAUGUAUUUUCGUAGAAUAAAACUAAAACUUACUCUCGAAA